CGUACGCACUGAUUGGUCAGGAUGUCUGGAGGAUAUAGCGCUCAGCCUAUCACACGGCAGGGGCUGUAACCAAUGACGGCGCGUCCAGCUCCGGUCAUGGCGUCACCGGAAAGGAAGGCGGGGUUUGUUGCCGGAAACGAAGGCACCGGCGGGGAAAUGGCGCCGAGCUCGAAAUCAGACCGGAGCGGGAGCCGGAAAUGGGGCCCGAGGGACCAUGUCAUCCGGCAACUGGACCGGGUCAAGAUCACAGGGCAACUUUCCCCGCGCCUGUUUCGAAAGCUGCCACCUCGCCUGUGUGUGUCUCUGCGCAACAUUGUGGACGAGGAGUUUCUGCAGAAGGGUCACAUCUUCCUGGGGUUCUCCAAGUGCGGCCGCUUCGUGCUGUCCUACACCAGCGAUGUGCUAGACGAUGACUUCUCCUUCUACUCCUAUCACCUGUACUGGUGGCAGUUCCAAGUACACAGCAAGCUGCGCCUGGUGCGUCAAAUCCGUCUCUUCCAGGACGAGGAGAUUUAUAGCGACCUGUUCCUGACCGUCUGCGAGUGGCCGAGUGACAGCUCCAAAGUCAUUGUGUUUGGCUUCAACACCUCUGGCAAUGGGAUGUUAAUGAACAUGAUGAGCGAUGAAAACCAUAGGGAUAUUUAUAUCAGCACAGUGUCUGCUCCUCCAACAUCUCCCUGUACAGACUGCAGGGAGUCACAGACAGGCCCCUGUCUGCUGCACAGCUUCAUGCUCCACACCAAGUAUCAGGUGGUCUAUCCCUUCCCCACCUUCCAGCCAGCGUUCCAGCUGAAAAAGGACCAUGUGGUGCUACUGAAUACCAGCUUCUCCCUGGUGGCCUGCGCCAUAUCUGUGCAUCCAGCAGGUGACACGGAACCCAGCCGCAUUCUGUACAGCAAACAGAACCAACACGACAUGCGCCCCAACUACUCCUCCUCCUUCAGCCCGUGUGCCUCUUCCUCAAGCUGCCACUCUCCCCCUCCUUCUGACCAGUGUUCUCCCACUCCCCCCGGUACUCCCCCAGCGGUUACUCGCGCACGUGAGUUUGUGGCUGGUAUAUUCCGGCGAGCUCGGGAGGCAUCUGGGAUGGAGCUUCAAGACAAAGGAGAGCGACCCGGGCCAAGCCGACACAGUCCCCCGCAAGCCUCCGACCCAGACUCUCCCACGUGGCACCGUUCCAACAGCGAGGGUUCGGUGAAGCCCAACAGUAACACUGAGGAGCCCAGCUAUGUUAACUACACAAGACUUCGAUAUGUCCUAGGGGAGGUGACAGAGACUGACCAAGAGAGCGAAUACGAAGAUGACAAGAUCUCGCUCCCUUUCCUGGUCACGGAUCUGAAGGGGCAACACCUGAAGCCACUGAAUGAGAAGGCCUCUUUCCAGGGCCAACACCUCAGCGUGGAGCAGCUCACUUUGGACUUUGAGUAUGUGAUAAAUGAAGUCAUUAGACACGAUGCCUCCUGGUCACAGCAGUUCUGCUCUUUCAGUGACUACGAUAUUGUCAUACUGGAGAUGUGUCCAGAGACCAACCAGGUGAUAAUGAACAUCGGCCUUCUCCUUCUUGCUUUCCCAGCUCCACAGAUGGAUGCACAGCUCAGGCCCAAGACUCAUCAUACCAGCUUAAAAGUUGCUUGGGAUCUACACACCGGAGUCUUCAGCACCCUGAGCGUGGGUGACCUGACUGAGGUCAAAGGCCAAACCAGCGGCAGCGUAUGGAGCUCGUACCGGAAAAGCUGUGUGGACACCGUCAUGAAGUGGCUGGUUCCGGAGAGCAGCGCGCGAUACGUGAAUCGUAUGACUAAUGAAGCGUUACAUAAAGGUUGUUCCCUUAAGGUGCUGGCUGACAGUGUGCGAUACACGUGGAUUGUGCUGUAAUGUGCCGCCUCCUCCUACAGAGAUAUGAACUCUACCUCAGCACAAGCAUCUCUGUGCACCAGGAGAAGGGGAUCCUAUGGCGGGAGCUUUGUAUUAAAUCCGCCAUCUUAUUGGCCAUUCCUGGCAGACAUAGUGUGCCGGGAGCGGAGCUGCUUUUACUGCGUACUGAAGAAAAUCCGUGUCUAGAAGCAGGCUGUGCCGUCUCACGCUACAGUGACUCUCGCAGGAGAUUUUGCACCACAAUGGACAUUUUAACUUUUUAUUUUUUUUCUGUCCUGACAGGAACAGAGUUAUUUUUUUAACAGCAUGUGUAUGUAUGUAUAUGUGUAAAUAUAUCAAAUGCACCCCCUUGUCUUCUUGUCUUGUGUAAUGUCCCCUUUUGUGAAAAUAAAUCUCAUUUGUGUUUA